CCCGUGCCAAUGGCUGAGGGGGGUGGCUCUGCCUGGCCGUCUCGCUCGGUUACAGGAUGGAAAUUCCCGGCCUCCCCGGGGAGGGAGCUCGGGCUGCGCGCUCUGAAAGGCUCAUUUAUCGCCGCGCUGCCGCCCAGAGCGGGAGCCGGGCUCCGCCGCGCCGGCCCCGCGCAUCCCGGCCCGCACGAUGCCCCGCGGCCCCGCCGCACGGCGGCUCCGAGAGCCCCAAGGGGAAGCAGAAGGCGCUCCGCCAGCGGGAGGUGGUGGACGUGUACAAUGGCAUGUGCUUGCAAGGCCCCAGCGGCGUUCCUGGACGGGAUGGAAACCCGGGAGCCAAUGGGAUCCCUGGGACACAUGGGAUCCCGGGAAGGGACGGGCUGAAGGGGGAGAAGGGCGAGUGCAUGCGCGAGAGCAUCGAGGAGUCCUGGACGCCCAACUUCAAGCAGUGCUCGUGGAGCGCGCUGAACUACGGCAUCGACCUGGGCAAGAUCGCGGAAUGCACGUUCACCAAGAUGCGCUCCAGCAGCGCCCUCCGCGUGCUCUUCAGCGGCUCGCUGCGGCUCAAGUGCAGGAGCGCCUGCUGCCAGCGCUGGUACUUCACCUUCAACGGGGCAGAGUGUGCUGGCCCGCUGCCCAUCGAAGCCAUAAUAUACUUAGAUCAAGGAAGCCCAGAGCUGAACUCUACCAUUAACAUACACAGAACUUCCUCAGUGGAAGGUCUGUGUGAAGGGAUCAACGCUGGCUUGGUGGAUAUUGCCAUCUGGGUGGGGACGUGCUCAGAUUAUCCACGGGGAGAUGCUUCUACUGGAUGGAAUUCAGUCUCCCGAAUCAUCAUUGAAGAACUGCCAAAAUAACUUCCCUCUCUUUUUAUAAUACCUUUUUUUUUUUUAAAUUUUGUAUUAUUUUUUCAGAAUUUAUUUCAAUAGAGUUGGACACAAGUACUGGACUGAAAGGCUAAAAGCCUUGCAUCUGUAGCCUUUGUCUUGUUUUGCACACGGCAGAGGCUUUUUAUAAUAAUCAUUUUAGAAUACAAGUAUCAAAACCGAGUUCAUUAACAUUUUAAAUUUCUUUUUUGAUGUAAUACCACCACUGUCUUUAGAAUUAACCAUAACUUUUUGUAUCAAAUAAAUAAGACCUUUUACAAAAAA